AUGGGGCAGCUCAGGACUCAAGCCGUGGGCGAGUGGGAGAUGAUGGGCGACUGUUUCUUCUCACGGGAAAUGCUGUACGACAUGUCCUGGGGCGACUUCGAGCUGCAGGAUAAGCGCCUGGCCUGUGCCCCUUACGGCGGCCCCAUCGCUGCCAUCCGCGACGAGCGACGUGCCGUGCUUGUGACCCACGGGUCAUCAGCAGUUGCGGCAGGUGGCGGCCUAAAGCCGGUGCUGCGCACCUUCACCGCCGCCGGCGCCUCUCUGGGUGCGUGUGUGUGGGAGGGGGGCCGGCUGGUCGACUGGGCCUGGACGGACGAGCAACAGCUGGCGGUGGUGGACGCCAAAGGCAAGGUGACCCUGUUCUCCCCCUUCGCGGAGAAGAUCCGGGAGUUUAGUUUCGGAGCGGCGGUGGAGCGCGACGGUGUCGCAGCCGCCAAGGUGUACGGCAGCGGUGUCGUGGUGGUCACGGAGCCGCGCCAGGCGGCGGCGGCGGGGGAUGCGACGUCGGCAGUUGAGAGCUGCGAGAUUUGGGUCGUACAGAACCUCCGGGAUCCCAAGCCAACACGCCUCAAGUCGCCUUCCAAGGAUUCCUAUCGUACCGCCGCCACCGCUGCGGCGGCAGCCAAGAGCACUGGCGGCGCCGCCGGCGGCGGCGGCGGCGGGGCCUCUUUCCAGCCUGCGAGCCUGGGCAUCAUCGGCCUGGGCGGUCUGGGUCGACCCGGGUUGCCGCAAUGCCUCGCGGUGCUGGACCCCCAAUUUACCCUGUCGCGGGGCGUUGAGCAGGUCUUCGUGGUGGUUGGCGGUUCGUUAUGGCAGUUGGACGAGGCCUCAGCUACCGACCACUACCCGCCGCCGCUGGUGGCAGCGGGUGGUGCCGUGCAUCUGGAGAUGUCCCCCGACGGCGCCUGCGUGGCGCUAUACACCGUGCGGGACAACCGGCUGAUGGUCAUGUCGGCCGACCUGAACAGGACCCUGCUGGAGUUGGAGACCGGGCGGGACAGCACGCCCCCUGUCGGAAUGCACUGGGUGGGAUCAGAUGCCGUACUGCUGACGUGGCCGGAUACUGCCGUACUAGUUGGGCCGUACGGCGACAGCGUUCAGUGGAGCUUUUCUGAGGAUAUCAUGGCGGUCAUUUCCGAGCUGGACGGCUGUCGGCUGUUGCUGGGUCGCUCCUCUCAGCUGCUACUGCGGAGGGUACCGGAGUGCUGUGUGCAGGGGAUGUUUUUGGUUCCUUCCUCCGGAAGGACCGUGUUUCGACCCGGUGCCACAAGUCCGGCGGCGCAGCUGUGGGACGCACGUGCGCUGUACGACGAUCAGAACCCCCGGUGCGAUAAGAUCCUUCGGAACAUACAGGACUCGGGUCCGGCCUUUUUGCCCGCCGCGGUCAGUACCUGCAUCCAAGCUGCGGGACACGACAUCAACCCGGUACGACAAAGGGCCCUCAUGCGGGCAGCGGCAUACGGCAGGCCAUUCUGCUCGCCUGAUUUCCCGCGCCAACUGAUGUACGGCGUGGCUUGCCGGCUGCGCAUCCUUAGUGCGGUUCGCGACCCGCGGGUCGGUUUGCCCCUCACUAUGAAGCAGUUGGAGGCGCUUAGUUUGCCAGUGCUGGUGGGCAGGCUGAUCUCGUACCGCCAGUGGUUGCUGGCCUACCGCAUCGCCGAGGAGGAGGUGCUGGUGACGUGGGCGUGCGCCAAGAUCUCCGCCGCCUCCGCCGCCAACCCGGGGGGCCCACCAGUGGAAGACGAACAGCUCAAGGAUGCGAUCGUGUCCAAGCUCAAAUGUUGUCCCCAAGUGGGUUACGCCCGACUGGCGGAACAUGCGCUGGAGGUGGGUCGUCGCCAUCUGGCUCUGAGGCUGUUGGAGGAGGAGAGGUCAGCGGCCAAGCAGGUGCCCCUGCUGCUCAGACUGGGGGCGGCUACUGCUAGCAGUAGUACGGCAACGGCGGGGGGAAGCAGCCGAGCAGCGGGGAGAGGGUCUGUUGCCGCUGAUGUGGAUCGCGAGGGGUGUGUGGAGGGCAGUCGGGACGAGGUGCUUCAGAGGGCGCUGAGGAAGGCGGUGGAGAGCGGGGACCCGGACCUGGUGCACCUGGUGUUGGUGGGUACGUACCGCUCCCGGCCCCUGCCCGAGUUCUGGGCGUUGGUGGCCCCCCGCCACCUCGCCCGGAACCUCUUCAUCAAGUACUGCAAGACUAAGGAGCCGGAGCUUUUGGAAACCAUCCUCACAGCGGCCGCUGCGGGAGUGACCACCACUGCCGCCGCCGCCGCCGCCGCCGCUGCCUUUCCCCCCGCCGUCGCUAUCUCCGAGCUCGCCUCUUUGCAAUUCCGUGCGGCCCUAGUUUCGGAGCGACAGCAGCUGCAGCAGCUGGGGGGAACGGCGGCGGUGGCGGCAAGUCCAGGGGGGGCGGAGGCCGCCGCCGCCAAGCUAGCCACCGCUCUUGCUGACGUGGCGCAAAAGUACGGACAGAGUCGCGAGUGUUCCUUUCAGAGCCGGGCGGUGUCCGAGAUGAGCUGCCUGCUCCGAGAGCAGGUCCGGUUGGAGCGGGAGACCGGACAGCGGCUGUUCGUGGGGCUGAGUCUGGUGGACACCCUGGGGGCCUUGAUAAGGGGUACGCCACGGAGCUCAGGCGGAGUCCCAUUGGCUGGGAGCCGUUUGUGGAGGCUGGUGGCCCGGCUCCCGGACAGUCCCUCCAAAGCUGAGGAGUACUCGGGGCUCGGCAUGGCGCGGGAGGCAGCCGAGGUGGCGGCGAGGAUUCGGCGCCCAACCCCCCCACCCCCACCUUUAUCGCUCGCUGCUCAUAACUUUCCCACCUCUCUGCCUCGCAUGUGCCUUUGCCCGCUGCUUCUGCUGCCUGGCCAGGAUUCCGACCUCUUUGCUCGUAUCCAGUCGGCAGUGGCUGCGGGCAGUCCCGCGGGUUUGGCCAUCGCACAAAUCAAGGAACGGUUCCAAUCUACAUUUCGUUGUAGAUGGCCGUCGCAGGAGGGGCCAUAG